CAAAACCAAAGGACACUAGCUAGCUAGCUAAUAUAACGAUGGCAUCUUCACCUCCGGCCAUCCUGAUCCAGAUGCCUUCUUCGCAGACCAACGCGACAGCACCGCCGACACCUAAGGAUGAACCCCCGACCAUGCCGAUGGCAGAGCGCUCCGGGACAACGACAGACAAGGUUAUGGCGAGCGCAUCCAACCUAGCGCAGCUCCUGCCGACGGGCACGGUGCUGGCGUUCCAGGCUUUGUCCCCGUCCUUCACGAACCACGGCAACUGCAGCUCCUCCAACCAGUGGCUCACGGCCGUGCUGGUCGGCGUCCUUGCCGUUUUCUCCCUUUUCUUCUCCUUCACCGACAGCGUCGUCGGCUGCGACCGCAAGCUCUACUACGGCGUGGCGACGCCGCACGGGUUCAACGUGUUCAACUUCUCCGGGGAGGAGGAGAAGCGGGAGUGGGCGGACGAGCUCCAGAAGCUCCGGCUCCGCCCGCUCGACUACGUGCACGCCUUCUUCACCGCCGUGGUGUUCCUCACCGUGGCGUUCAGCGACGUCGGGCUGCAGAGGUGCUUCUUCCCCAACGCUGAUGCCAACACCAACGAGCUCCUGAAGAAUCUGCCUCUGGGGACGGCGUUCCUUGCGAGCUUUGUGUUCUUGAUCUUCCCAACGAAAAGGAAGGGCAUCGGAUACAGCGAUACAACUCCCCGUCAGAAGGCAUGAUGCGGCCGGUCACUCAAAAGUCCAGAUACACGGCUAAUUUAUUAAAGUACAGCUGACUCGAACACAAUUAAAAAUUUACACUAUGUACAUGAUGAUACGUGUAUUCGUUAGUUUGUUGCUGGUAAAAUUGUAGGUUUUUGUGCUUCGUUUUUGCAGGAAAAUAGGUAUUUCACUUGUAUAUAUAUAGGUACAUGUUUGAUAGGUAAAUUCUUUUCGUACAUGAAUAGUGCAUGUUUGUCAAAUUCUUGUGCAAGAAAUGGAGAAUCUAAAGAUAAAAGAAUGGUCGACAAGUGAUAUCUGUGUAUUAA